AUGAUUCUGGCAAAGUUGGGAAUAAAUAUUACGGCACCGAUGCGCUGUGUGCGGAUGCUGAGCAGCAAGAGCAUCACGGGGGCGUGGGUGUUGCCGCAGACUAUGGUGAAGGUGUGGACUUUCUCUCCAUCAACCGUGGGUCUGACAAAACAGCUGCAGUUCCACAGAUACAGCUCCGACCUAUCAAAGCACAUUCCGGGGGAGGCUAAACUUACAAACGAUUUGAAAGGCCGGAUUCCCCAAUUUCCUCUUGGAAAGGAGAACGUUCCAACACUUCUUCCUAGACCUGGGGUUCCUCAGCCAGGAAGAGACAUGCCUUUGAAAAGGAUGAUCAAAAUCCUCAAAUCAAAGACGGAACCGGAGCUCAUUUACGACGCAGAACCUCACAAAUUGUGGUUUUUUGCCAGUGUGUGUUUGGGAUUGUUAUACAUCAUCUAUGGAUUGAAUGCUCUAUCCAUAGGAUUGGAACUGGCUUGGACAACAUUUAGCGCAAACGACCUCCAAUUGCCACAGAACGCGAGGUAUCUACAGCUUGUGUCACAGGGAGGACUGACAAUCAUUUUGGCGAUUAUGCCUGCUGUUGCCGGUUACAUGCUGCUGAUGACACCAACGAGGCUGAUCAGACGGAUGUGGUAUCUACCAGGCCCCGUGGAUCACGUCAAGUUCUACACGCACCCACUGAUCCCCGGAAGGCCAACUCCUGUCAUUACAAUUCCUUUGGAGCAGAUAAACAGGCACGGGAAGGCGAAAAUCUGGACAGGACGUGGGUUUUACGGUACAUCCGAUAAGCUGUUUUUCUUCUUUCUCUGGGAGAAAGGUCACAGAUUCCCUUGGAUUGUCGAUCGCAAGGGCUUUUUCUGGGGAGACGGCCGUGUUUUUGAUGUAAUGUUUGGAAAGGAAAGCAUACAAGAGGCGGAAUCUGGGCUCACCUAUGAUGAUAAGAUUGGGCUAUUGCUGGAGGAACGCAAACGCAAGAAGAAGGAGUUGAAAGAGAAGGACGGAAUUGCGUGGAGGUUCAAGGCAACGGGAAGACUGAUGAAGGAUGACAUUUCCAAGAUCCAGAAGCUGUUAGGAGAGGAUGCGAAAAAGACAGAGAAGGUUAUUGGAAAGGGAGAAGAGAAGGGGAAGACAGGCAAGGCUAUUGAGAACGCAGAUGAGGCAGAUAAGGCAGAUAAGCCAAAUCAGGCUUGA